UUGAAGUGGCCAUCAUGGUAACACCGUCUUACGACCGCCAUCAGAAUCUCUACAAUCCGUACAUAAAGUUCAGCUAUCCCGAUUCGCUGGCCGUCCCUUUUGGAGUGGAAAAUUUCUGCUUCCCGGAUUCAACACACUGGCCGCCGCCGCUGCAGACGGCCGGCGAACCGUACACGAUCGUUCUGACCGAUUCCAAAGGCGAUCGAAUGUACGGCUACUGCCACCGGGUGGUUCCCGAAGGAGCUCAGACCUGCAUUCCCAUCACCUAUUGUUUGCUGAGCCGCCAUCGAGCAGCCGAAUUUUACAACAAGCUGUUGAACGUUAUGGUUCCACGUCACGGAGCGUCCGUUUCCCAGCGUCUAGCUUUGCUCGAUUGUUUGCACAAACAACCAUUUCCCAGCCCAGGAGGUUUUGUUGAAUUCCCCCCCGAAAAUCUCGGCAACGGGAACAAGGUCAACAAAGUCCAGCGAUUACUCGACGAAAGUCUGGAGGAUUUUGAUUUGAAGGGACUAUUUGAACGACUCAACGAAACGGUCAUCCUACACGUCCUGGGCACAGUGCUGCUCGAACGCAAACUCAUUUUUGUUAGUCAGGAUUUGAGGUAA